UUUUUAAAUGAAGAUUUUGUUAAUUUUCUAAGUGACAAUUGUAAUAGUAAACUAUGUUUUGUAGUUUUUCACAGGAUGGUGGAUCAUUAUAUACAUUGCUGCUCGAUACCCUGAGAUGGAAGAUUUUAAUCACGCAUAUCAUGUUUGUGGUGUCAUUGGUACAAUUUCUCUUUUCAUGAUAAAUUCAGUGUCAAAUGGACAAGUUGGUGGUGAUGCUUAUACAACUGGUUGCUUAGGACAAAGAGGGGCUAGAGUAUGGUUGUUUCUAGGUUUUGUACUUGGAUUUGGUUCACUAAUCGCUUCUUGCUGGAUAUUGUUUGGCGUUUAUGUUAUUCCAAUGAAAGAUCCUCAAGGUCCUGGAGUUGCGGUGUUUCUGCAAAACAUCUUCAUUUUCCUUGGGGCUCUGGUUUUUAAGUUUGGACGUUCAGAAGAUCUUUGGGGUUGAAAGACUUAUGUUUCAUUGAAUUUGAUUUCUGUAAUAUUUAUUCAUUUCAUAUAUGAGUUAUUAUUUUGUACAUUUGCAUUUGUAAAAAAUAUGUUCUAGUUUUAGGUUUUUUUGUAAUAAAAUUUGUUUAUGUAUGUUA